GAACAAACAGUUUAAACUAGGCUUUUUAGUACAGACAUUUACACUAAGAUUAUUAAUGUUGUUUUGUGUUCGCCUACUAUUAUACAACCUGGAUGAUAGAGCCUAUUGUAGAUCACCGUGAAUUUGCAACCUUUUCGGCGAAAACUGUGACUGCUAAAAAGAUAAUAUAGCCUAGAGGAUUUGCAAAAUGUCACGAGGAACAAGUGCUGGAUUUGACCACUACAUUACAAUUUUCUCUCCAGAAGGAAGGUUAUAUCAAGUUGAAUAUGCUUUCAAAGCUGUCAAUCAGAGUGGAGUAACAUCAGUUGCUAUUCGUGGAGCAGAUUGUGCAGUUGCAGUUACACAAAAGAAAGUGCCAGAUAAACUUUUAGAUGCUGAAACUGUGACCCACAUGUACCAAUUAACAGAACACAAUGGAUGUGUUAUGACUGGACUUGUUGCUGAUAGUCGAUCACUUGUCCAAAGGGCACGAUCCGAGGCAGCACAUUGGAAAUACAAGUAUGGCUAUGAGGUUCCUGUAGAUAUGCUGUGUCGAAGAAUCGCGGACAUCUCACAAGUUUACACACAGAACGCCAGCAUGAGGCCACUUGGGUGCAGUAUGAUUUUAAUUGGCUACGAUGAAGAGAAAGGACCUCAGGUUUUCAAGACUGACCCCGCAGGCUACUUCUGUGGCUACAAGGCUACGAGUGUCGGCGUCAAACAAACCGAGGCUAACAGCUUCCUAGAGAAGAAACUAAAAAAGAAACAGGAUUGGUCAUAUAACCAAACAGUUGAGACUGCUAUCAAAUGCCUAAGUACUAUACUCUCAGCUGACUUCAAACCAUCUGACAUCGAAGUUGCUGUCGUAACUAAAGAAAAUCCCAAGUUUAGAACUUUAACAGAGACAGAGGUUGAUGGCCACCUUGUUGCCCUAGCAGAGAAAGACUAAAAACCACCACACACUACUAAUCAUCAUUGCUUACACAAUGAACAUUUGACCAUCCGUGCCACUGCACACAAGCGAUUUAAACAAAGGAUUUUGGAAUAUUCCAUAAAUGCUUACGUUAUUUAGGCGAGUUCUAUAAGAUGUAUUGAUUUGAAAGUUCAAGUAAACCUCUUCAGAGGUAUUCCUUUAUACGUGUAUAUAAACUAUAAAUAUUCAUUAGAUAAUGUCUAAUGAUUGAUAUUUAUAAACUUUAAAAAAGCUAUAUGAAUAUUCAUAAACCAGCAAUUUAUAUUCAUAAGAUUAAGUUAUCUUAUGAAUAAACCUGCAAUGUAUGUACAGGAGAGCCCUUAUUAAGGGGUCCCCAUCAGGACCAAAAAAGUGUCCCCUUAAUAGGGCUUUCUCCUUAAUAGAUUUGUCUCCUUAAUAGGGGUGUCCCAAAAGAGAGGUUCUACAGUUGUAAGGCUAGUUUACCAUAUUGAUAUUCAUAAACUAGUUCUAAUUUACUUAAUGAAUAUGUUAAACUACCAUGUGAGUAUAGUAUGCCUAUCAGUGAUCAUCAAGCAGUGUUGAAUGUUGGACUGUUUCAUUUAUUGAAGGGUUUUCUGAUGUGUAAAGAAAUAAAUUUCAAGUAGUCUAAGCAAACUA